AUGGAAGCUUUCUCGAGCGCCUCGCAGGGUACCAAUGGGCAUUUGUCACCUCGGCAACAGGAGAAGAAGCCUGCAGCUCCCGACAUCUCGCUGGAGAGCAUCUCGCUGGAUGAGUCCAAGCUGGACCGCGAAAUCGCCCUGCUCGUUUCGCAGUACCUCGACUCCCGGUCCUAUGGGCAUGUAGCGAGGGUCAUUGAUGAGGAGAUACUGCGUCAGCCUAGGCGGGAGGAGCGGGAGGAGGUGGAGCUUGUCGAGCGCGCAUUGACGGACGGGGACUUUGGCUCUAUCGAAGCCUUCCUUGCUCGACCGGGACUGCUCAAGCCCCAGACGCAAAAGGCGUUCAUGUACAUGACAUACCGCCAGCAAUUCCUAGAGCAUAUCGAAAACCGUGAAUCUCAGAAAGCCUUCAACCUCCUCCAAAAGCGCCUGAAGCCACUAGAGCACUAUCAGCCAUAUCCGUACGACUUCUACUCGCUCUCAUACCUCACCUCGGCGGGGACGGUGCAUGACGUUCCGAGCUUCAAGGACUGGGCGGGAGUCGAGCCGGAGAGGGAGAAGCUGGUGGGCAUGUGGCGGGAUCUGGUGGAUGCGGAGCAUCUCCGACCGGCUGGAUCGGGCACACUAUUGGCCACGCCAGGAGGAGCGGGGAAGAUGGAAGAGGGGAGACUGGUACAGCUGUUGAGGCAGGCAGGUGCUUGGCAGGUGCAGCAAUGUACAAGGCGGGGCAGGGGUCCUUGGCGGGUCGCAUCAUUACUGCAAGACUACCAUCCCUUGGCUAUUCCGACACGCCUCGCCCACCUUCUCCCUCUGCACAAGACCAACAUCAAAUGCGUCGCCUUCCUCACCGCCAACGGCAGCCUCGCAGCCAGCGGCUCGAGCGACUCUACCGUCAAGAUCUUCUCGACGGAAGACGGUAUCAUCCGGCAUACCCUCCGCGGCCAUACUUCGCGAAUAUGGGACCUGGACUGCAGUGCAACUGGAGUCUUGGCGAGUGCGUCGGGAGACGGGUCGGUCCGGCUUUGGGGCGUGGAUGGGGAGGAACAGGGAGUCCUGAAGGGAGAAGGCGGGGAUGUGUAUGGUGUAAGAUGGAGGACGGGUCACGAAGACCAGCUCCUCACGGCCAACUACGACCGCAUCCUACGCCUCUUCUCCACCUCCACCGGCCAGCUCAUCCGUACCUUCUCGGGACACGCUCACUCCUGUCUCGCAGUCGCUGUCGACUCUACCGGUAACAUGAUCGCCUCAGGCUCAAAGGACAGGCACAUGCGUUUAUGGGACGCGGUCGGCGGGGUGUGCGUGACGACCAUGCCGGCGUGUUUGGGGGAGGUGUCGAGUGUGGAGUUUGACGAGGGUGGAAGGUAUCUUUUGGCGGGGUGUAAAGACAACUCCAACAGUUUGUGGGAUCUAAGAAUGCAACGCAACCUGUACCGCUAUACCGGACACCAAAACACCGCCAAAAACCUCAUCCGCUGUUCUUUCGCCCAGGAUUCUGCCCUUGUGGUUGGCGGAUCCGAGGAUGGCGGAGUCUACGUCUGGGAACGAGAGGGCGGCUCUUCCGCGGCAAGCACGACAGUCUCAACCUCUCUUGUCCCAAGUAAUAAGACGGAACCCACCAGCCCAUAUCUCGGCGUCGGCGUCAACCCCACCCCAAAUCGCGCAUCCCCGGCGUACUAUCCCAAGCCGGCUCUCCAGCCGGCUCAUGUGGCGUCCUCGGGCGGAGCAAAUGUCCGGCCCCUACAUGUACUGGAGGGGCAUGGGGAGGGGGCGGUGUUUGAUGUGAGGUGGAGGGCGGGGGUCAUGGUCAGUGCGGGGGAGGAUGGGUGUGUGGGUGUUUGGGAGGGAGAAGAGAGGGAAGAGGACGGAUGA